GCCAUCCCCUCACCAAGUAAGCCAGACAAUAUGUCUAUGGUUCCCUAUAAUGGAGGAAACCUGGAUGUUGUGCUGCGGCACAAUGACUCCGUGGUUGUCUUCGACCGCGAUUCGCAGCAGCUCGUUCUCCGCAAUACGGCCGACACCGAUGACGAUGUAGAGCUCGCCAACUGUCCGCUCUGCCACCGUCCUAUGCGCGACAGUAGCAGGGGACGGCACCGUGGAAAUCAUGAGUCGGAGGGAGAAUUCAUCAAUCCCAAUUAUUUUCGCAUGCUCAACAAUAGUCUCCCCGGCUCCGCUGCUUCAUCAUCUCCUCCUUCCCCACACCGUCGCCUUGUCCAACCUGCGCUUCCUGGGACACCGCUCAACGAACCCCGUUCUCAACCUGCAUCCGGGCCCCAAGGAAUCUCCUCUGCAGCAUUUAGUCCGGACUAUUUCAAAAGAUUUUUUGUCGAGGAACGAAUCCUGGGCAAGGGUGGAAAAGGUGUGGUACUACUAGUAAAGCACGUCUUGGAUGGGGUCUCUCUUGGCGACUAUGCAUGCAAGCGUGUACCCGUCGGGGACGACCAUGAGUGGCUGGAGAAGGUUCUUGGCGAGGUCCAACUAUUACAGCAUCUUUCACACCAAAACCUCGUGUCUUACCGUCAUGUCUGGCUGGAAAAUGCCAAAAUCAGCAACUUCGGCCCCAGUGUGGCCUGCGCGUUUAUCCUACAGCAAUACUGUAAUGCUGGCGACUUACACAACUACAUCUGUGGCUCUGUUCAGACCUCGACGACUGCCCAGCAGUUGAAGGACCGUCUCCGGCGGAAAUCAAAGGGCGAACCCGAGUUUGAAGCCGGCACAGGAGGUCCUCGCACUCUUCAACUGGACCAGAUCUACUCUUUCUUCCGGGAUAUCACUGCAGGUCUACGCUACCUUCAUGCCAAUGGUUAUAUUCAUCGUGAUUUGAAACCACACAAUUGUCUUCUCCAUGAGACUAGUGAUGGUAUUAGGGUCUUGGUCAGCGACUUUGGUGAAGUACAACAGCAGAAUGCAAUGCGCAAAUCAACUGGUGCAACGGGCACCCUUUCAUACUGUGCACCGGAAGUUCUUCGACAGGAAUAUCCCAAUGGACCAUUCGGGAAUUUCACCUUCAAGUCUGAUAUCUUCUCUUUGGGAAUGAUUCUUUACUUCCUCUGCUUUGCAGCUCUGCCAUAUGCCAACGCAGACAUCAUCAACGAAGAGAAAGAAGACUUGGACCAGCUCCGCGCGGAGAUCACCAGCUGGGCUGGAUUCGACCAUGCACGAGCAAUCCGGCCCGACCUUCCGGAGAAACUAUACAAAUUCCUUGAACGUCUUCUCUCCAUAGACCCAAAUCGCCGCCCUUCAGCCGAGGAAGUACUUAGCGGUAUACAAGCCGGCGCCAAUGCCAACGGAAAUGACAAUUUCCGCUUCAGAAAGGCCAGCUCGGCAGGUCCCGAUCUUCCAGGUGCUCGAAUUCACCCCGUGGACAGCCCGCAGCCAUCAAUCGAGCGUGCCCUUUCUCCAGCAAAGAAAACACCUCGCACGUCUACGGCCUUCCGACGCGACUCCAUGUUUGACGCCUCGAGUAAUCUUCCAGCGAGCUCACAGCCGACAGAGGACCCCAAUUUCGAAGAUAGUCCAUUGCUCCUUCCAAACCAAGACCUCGUAGUCCGACACCGCUACUCUACCUCCCCACCACUAUCUCCAACCCGAGGAACCCAAGAAGAGUCCUCUAUCGACGCCCAAUCCCACUCUUUCUCUCACCACCAUCUCCUCCCACCACCACCAAGCCGCUUCCCUUUUCUAAGCCCUCUAACAACCCUCUAUCCAUCAUCUCAUACCCUGCAAUUCUCUCUCUUCUUCAUCAAAGUCGUCUCAACUCUUCACCCCUGCUCGCCCCUAACCGUGAACCCCUGGGUCCUCUACCCAGUCCUCCUUUCAGCAGUAUUGACCCUCCGAGUCCAAAGUGUCCAGGCACAGCUCUUCGCUGUGUUGGUACAUUUGCUGUUCAUCGGGCUAGGCUUUCGCCUAGGUGCGUUGUGCAUGUGGCAUCGAGACCUGGGUAUGCAUAUGUAA